UCUCUCUCCCUCUGGGGGGUUAGUGUUGUUGUUUGUUUCUCCAGGCCAGAGUUAAGUCCCAGCAGUCUCAGGAGAGAAGAGAGGAGAGUCUGAUAUGGACGGUUGAAGAGACUGCACACUCCAGGGAGCAUCUGAUGGGAUUAUAAAACCAGAUUUCCCCCUUCUCUCUCUCUUUUUCCCCCACUGGGAAUAAAGUGGUUCGAUCCUUCAUUUGAACAAAGAAAGAAGCAACUCCUGGGGUCUAGAACUGCGCUGUAUCACGUUUUAAGGCAGCUUUUGGAAAAAGAGAAAAGUUUGGCCCCUUUUUGGAGGAUUCUUUACCCCGUCAGUCCUCCGACCAUUGGGAAGAUUAAGUCCGCUGUUUCCUAUUUAGGAAUUCGAGGAAGGCUCCUUGCUGGUGAGCAGAAAAGAAAACAAGCAAGGAAUUAGCUCCAGAUCUUCGCUGACAGCUGAUAUGAGCCGCAAUUUAAUUUGAUAUGAUUUGGCCCCCGUCUCCUAGUUGGUAAACUGAUAUGAUUUCUGAGGUGGGCUCCUAACAGACAUCACUCUUUGCCUUUUUAGGUGGGUUUACACAGAGUUGGGUGAACUUCAUCAGUUUUUUCAAACACAUGGACGUAUCCCCACUGCAGGGACCAGAUGCUGUAGAACUUUAGCGGCUGAAUUGAGCAUACUUUCUGAUCUCUGGAUUUUGCACUGCUUUUCAAUGAAGGCCACUACGUUAUCAUAAAACUUUUUUUCUUCUUUGGAAUUGUAUGAAACACACACCAGCCCAAAUGUUUGCACGAAGACCUGUUAUUGACAGCGCUGAACUUGAAUGCAUCCUACUUGUGUCUCUACUAGAUGCAGUAGAUUUCCCUUUGUUCUGCUUUUGUGGACUGAUUGUUCUCACAAGGUGUACCAUGCUUAGUUUGUGACCGAACAGUACCAAGAAACAUUGGACAUUCACCCCAGAAAGAACGGUCAUUUCAGACAAGCUGGAGAAGUCUUAGUCCACAGAGAUGUUGCAUUCCAUUCUGUUCAUCCCCUGUCAUCUCAAGGCUGUUACAUCUCCGUGAAAUACCCACUACAAUGAUGAACAAAGACUCUCGCUUCCCCAGGAAGGCUGUCCAUAGCAACCCCUCCUCUCGAAGGCACUCAUGCAUCGGUUUUGAUGCUGAGAAUGGCUUGUCGGUGGGGCGCAGCCCCCUGGACCCGCCGGCCAGUCCCGGCUCCGGCCUGGUGCUCCAGGCCAACUACCACAGCCAGCGCCGUGAGUCCUUCCUCUACCGCUCCGACUCAGACUUUGACCUCUCACCCAAAGCCCCCUCGAGGAACUCGUCCACUGCCAGUGAUCUGGAAGAAAGCUUGAAGCACUGGGAAGUCAACUGGUUGUCUCGACAUGGAGAAGACAUGAUUGUGACACCAUUUGCACAGGUACUUGCCAGUUUGAGGACGGUAAGAAGCAACUUCGCCGUUUUGACCCAUCAGCAAGAUCGUCAACCCAGCAAGAGAAUUGGCAGUAAUCCACCGUCCAUGUUAAAUACAAGCUUAGCAGAGGAGCCGUUUCAGCAGCUGGCCGUGGAGACUCUGGACGAGCUGGACUGGUGUCUGGAGCAGCUGGAUACUCUGAAGACACGCCACUCCGUCAGCGAGAUGGCCUCCAAUAAGUUCAAGAGGAUGCUGAACAGAGAGCUCACUCAGCUAUCAGAGACCAGCAGAUCAGGGAACCAGGUGUCAGAGUUCAUCUCCAGCACCUUCCUAGAAAAGCAACAUGACAUGGAGAUCAUGUCUCCAAACAUCAAGGAGAAGAAGGAGAAAACGGACAAGAAGAAGCGUCCCAUGUCCCAGAUCGUGGGGGUGAAGAAGCCCAGAAUCAUCCCUAGUGUAGCCCCCUCCAGCAUCCCCCGCUUCGGGGUCGCUUCCACUCAGGAGGGCUUUCUCGCCAAGCAGUUGGAAGAUAUAAACCGAUGGGGUGUGGAUAUUUUCAAAAUAUCUGAAUAUUCUGGGAAUCGUCCGCUGACGGUGGCGAUUUAUUCAAUUUUCCAGGAGCGAGAGCUGCUGAAGUCCUUCAAGAUCCCUGCAGACACCUUCAUCACCUUCAUGAUGACCCUGGAGGACCACUACCACCACGAUGUGGCCUACCACAACAACAUCCACGCUGCAGACGUGGUCCAGUCCACCCACGUCCUCCUCUCUACCCCUGCCUUGGAGGCGGUGUUCACUGACUUGGAGAUCCUAGCUGCUCUGUUUGCCAGUGCUAUACAUGAUGUGGACCACCCAGGGGUAUCUAACCAAUUCCUCAUCAACACCAACUCCGAGCUGGCCCUGAUGUACAACGACGUGUCGGUUCUGGAAAACCACCACCUGGCCGUGGGCUUUAAGCUGCUGCAGGAGGACAACUGUGACAUCUUCCAGAACCUCAGCAAGAAACAGAGGCAGUCCCUACGCAAGAUGGUCAUAGACAUGGUGUUAGCCACAGACAUGUCCAAACACAUGAACCUGCUGGCUGACCUGAAGACUAUGGUCGAGACCAAGAAGGUGACCAGUCUAGGAGUACUUCUACUAGACAACUAUGGAGAUCGUAUCCAGGUCCUCCAGAAUAUGGUUCACUGUGCUGACCUCAGUAACCCCACCAAGCCCCUGGAGGUCUACCGCCAGUGGACUGACCGCAUCAUGGUGGAGUUCUUCACCCAGGGGGACAGGGAGAGGGACAAGGGCAUGGAGAUCAGCCCCAUGUGUGACAAACACAAUGCCUCCAUCGAGAAGAACCAGGUGGGCUUCAUAGACUACAUCGUCCACCCUCUGUGGGAGACGUGGGCAGACCUGGUCCACCCUGAUGCCCAGGACAUCCUAGACACGCUGGAGGACAAUCGUGAGUGGUACCAGAGUAUGAUCCCCCACAGCCCCUCGCCCACACCCGAGGCCCAGGACAAGAUGGGCCUGCCUGGGGGAGCCAUGGGAGCCGGAGGGGGUGGAGGUGGAUCCUCCACAGGAGAUAAGUUCCAGUUUGAGCUGACCCUAGAGGAGGAGGAGGGCGAGUCCGACUCAGAGAGCCCUCCGGCAGAGGAGGAGGGGUACAGUAGCACUGGGAUGGAGCCUUCUAGGACUGACCCGGACAGCAGGCUCCAUUCCGUGUCUGCCACUGCUCACCCACACACGCAAGUACUCUCCAAAAUGGCUACCUCUGUCCUCAAUCUUGGUGGCAGGACUUUGUCCACAGACUCUGACCCAGAAAGGGAGGCCACCGAAGACAGAGAACAUGACCAAGAAGGUAACGCCGGUGUGAGGCGCUUCAGGCUAGGUACAUAACAUCAGUGCAAUUUUCUUUUUUUCUUCUUUUUUUAAUUUUAAUUUCUGCACCUCCCCCCUGACCCCUUCAACCCCCAUCUCUGGCUUCCUUGGAUUGAAUGGCAGGACAAAGCUGGGGUAAAGAACGUAGAGGGGGUGCGUUCAGGAAGUCUGCACUUACACAGCAGUCACCUCGUACUGGAGAAAGGAGAGCCCCACUGUUCCUUCUUUGGUUGCAGAGAACAGGAAACUGUGUUUUUGAGCUGGUCUUUUGUGUUUUACCGAUACGUCUCUAAGUUGGACCUGUCGCCAUAUUCAGUUUAUGUUUCUCAGAAACACUGAGAAAACCAACCUUCCUGUUUUGCAAGUCAAGCCAAGGUCUACGACAAAAGAGCAAGGAAUUUUGUGGAACACGUCUUCCUUUUGACUACUUAUGACCGCUAGAAACAAUUGACGAAGCGACGAACUUAGUAACAACAAACACCACAAAGGCUUUUGAGACGUUAUGCCAAACAGAUUAAUAAACAUGGACUUGGCCAAUGGCAACAUUUGCCUGCCUUUUCAACUGUUGGUAAUUUUGUCUUUAAUUUAAGUCCUUUUAAACUAGUGCAGAAAGUGGUUUAAACCGGUAAACUGCAGACUUACCAAAUAUGUACUACAAAGGACAAAGUACAGAGCAGAACGUCAGAUUUGAGGAGGAGAUUGUUUCAAUGUAGCACAAUACUUUUUGUGUACCUUGUUGUAACAGCUAGGGGUCUCUCUCAUCAGCCACACUCUUAACAACUGGUUUAGGGUCAGUUCUUCCUCCCACAGUCCUAACCUGAACUGUUAUGUGUAAACCAACAAAACCAACCUUGAGCCAGUCGUUAUAGGGGCAUAUAAGUAACCCAAAGCUAUGCGGUGUGCACCUGGCACCUCCCAGUGUUGAAUAUCGGAAUUAAAGUCUGAACGUGUACUGCAAUUCAAGGCAUUCAAAAUGCCCAUACCUACAGCAAAUUGACUAUAGGUAUGUUAAGUGGAUUGGUUUUAGCUGUGUUGCUGUUGUAGGCAGGGGUAUCCAAAACAAGCACUUCAGUUAAGAUUCACCACUUGUCUGUAUGAUUUUAUUUUAUUUCGUUUUUUUUCUAUUUGAAGUCCCUCAAAGUGUAUACAUACUGCUUUAUACUGUAAUUGUGUGUAUCCUUAACCUUUUUAUGGCAUCAGUUUGCCUCCACUUUUAGCACUUUACAAUUUUACUCACAGCCAAUCCCCAUCCUGCUUGGAAGGGCUUGAGCCAAUCCAUAAACACAUUGGAGGCAGGUGACUGAGAAUUUUUGUUUGCCACUGGCAACAUGGUAGCCAGCACUUACAUACCCUAGCACAUUAGGAUAACUAGUUGCUUUGAGGGAACCUGGACAAAGUUAAGUUAACUGUUUGACAGUACAGUAGGGCUGUGGGACAUUUUUUACAUUUACAUUUUAGUCAUUUAACAGAUGCUUUAUCCAGAGCAACUUAUGACUUGAGUGCAUGCAUUUUCAUACUGGUCCCCGUGGGAAUCGAACCCACAACCCUGGCGUUGCAAGUGCCAUACUCUACCAAAUGAGUCAAACUGUACAAUGUCCUUUCAAGUCUAUUAUUGUUGUUACAGUAAAGGUCUCAAGUUUCCUACUUACUUCAGGUACCAUCAUCUGGUCACACUGUCAACCAGUUGAACUAGUAAAAAAAAGAUACAUUGGUAGCGUUUACAUAUGUUAUCACAGUUUGUGAAGCGCAUGGUGUAAUAUUUGCCAAACGAUUUCAGAAAUGUAUGAAAGAUGUGCCGCUCAAGGCAAUUGUAACUGUAAAAAAAAAGAAAAAAAAAAAAGACCGUUGGCCAUAGGCCAGUUUUCUGUGCUGAAAUUUUCACACCCUUUUCCUUUUGUCAUUGGUCAAUAUUCUGCUCUUCACAGGGACAUGACCAAUGACAGUACAAGUGCCAAGCAAGCAUGACACAACUCGAACUGUAAUUUCCAUUUUGCCCCUGGCUAAUUUCCAUCAAUGACUAAUGUUGAUCAUGUCGCCCUCCCUGUGUACCCUUUCUGCCCCAUAGGUUUUCUGUUUUAGAACAAUAAUCCACUGAUAACUGCACCUUUCUGAAUGUUUGAAUGUUUGAACAUUUAGAUUAAUUGAAUUUGUAAAGAAACCAAAGCACUUUGUAUAGUAAUUUUUACAGGACUGUGCUUAAAGUACAGUCGAGUGUGAUGUAACUCUGUUGACUAAUCCACAUUAGUAUUCCGUAUUCUGGUAUUAUGUGGCUUGAUUAUUACAAUUGAUGCAUAGCACAGGCUGGACCACUGAAGCUAAAUUGGGGGACUUGUGCUAUGGAAUUAAAACUUUUUUGUAACUAUAAUAGGUUUUGAUAAAGAUGCAUGACAUUGGCUGCAAGAUUCAUAAGGAAAGUAUUCAAGUAUCUAAAAUAAGCUCAUCUGUGAACGAAAGAGAAACUUUUGAACCUACACCGUGGAGUAUAUUGAUGUUGUGUUUUUAUGAAAGAUCCAGAAAUGUGACUUUCUGGAGCCUUAUAUUUGCGUAAAUUUUCUUUCCUCAUAGAUUGUAUACUCGAUAUGGUGGGGAGACACCAGUGCUAUGCACACAGUAGUUAAGGAGCACAAACAGUUCAGAACUCAAGCAAGCCUUUCUGUCUUUCUCAGCUUUCAUGAAAAAUGUCUUCACCAGCCAUUGUUAUGACAGUAUUUUCACGAGGAUUCAGUUAUGCUCUCUGUCUACCAUUGAUUGUUUUGUAUAUUUUCCUCACAAUGCUUUGUGUACAGUUUAUUUAUUAUUUCUAUAUCUGUACGAAAAUGAAGAACUAUAGACUUUGUUGGAGGCUAAGUAUUUAUUUGUAGCUACCUUCCGAGCUUUGGGAGAAAAAAAAUGGGACAGAUUUCAACUACAGUGCUCAACCAUGGAGGCCGUUGGGAGGAGCUAUAGAAGGACGGGCUCAUUGUAAUGGCUGGAAUGGAAUUAAUGGAACGGAGUAAAACAUGUGGUUUCCAUAUGUUUGAUGUGUUUAAUACCGUUUCAUUUAUUCCAUUCCAGCCAUUACAAUGAGACGUCCUCCCAUAGAUCUUGCCACCAGCCUCCUCUGGCACACAACCAAAUGUUUUAGUUUCCUUAUGUCUGCCAUAAAAGAAAGCAAAAAUAAUCCAACUUUCCGGUUUCCUUUCAGUCGGUCACUCGGUAUAACAGACUAUGUAGGGUCAACGACCAAUCCUAUUCACCUGAAGCAAAUUGAAAUCACUCCCAACGGGCCAAUGGAUGCCGAGCCUGCCCUCGGAUGCUCCGCCUUCCUGACUAUAAUACCGGGGCUCGCAUUUCCUACAUUUUUGCGUUUGCUAAAAGUUAACAACUUUCUGCUCUGCUUGUGUAGCUAAUACUUCCUUGCUUAGGUAGGAUUUGUGUUUGCUUAACACCCACUACUUUCUGCUCUGCUUGUGUAGCUAGUGCUCUGUUGCUUGAGUAAGAUGGCCAGUGGUAGGAAGAAGUUCAAAAAGGCUAACCAGUCGAGUUUGAACCUCCGACCAUGACCAAGAGUGCUAUCCUGCUUGCUUGGGGUGGAAACACACUCAGGACUCCUUGGCUCGGGCCAGUUGGCGUGACCAUUGUCUCCGGCUGGGUUCAAUCUCUAUUGGGCGUAGGGCUUACUUUGUGAGGAUGAUUGAGGCUGCUGGCGAAGGUUCUUCCAGUGAAAAUGAGGGUUUGGGAAUGGGGUUGUUUGAGGCCGGCGUAGGGCCGCAGCGGGGGUCUGAGUUGAUAGGGGUGUAAUCCCAGCCGAGUGAGGCUCAUUCUGGUGUCUCUGGCAGUUUUCAGAGUCUGGAUUCCAAGGCUGAUAUACUAUCCCUGGUUGGCUCUGGAGGGUUUUCAGUGUCAAUCAGUUGACAUCAGUCCGGGGAGGCCUGAAGCCCCGGCUUUGGAUUUGGUGGGGGAGAGUGAACCAUUAGUGGUUAAUGCGCCUUUGUUGGAGCUGUGUCGUAGGGCGGCAGAUCACCUAGGGGUGGAUUGUCCUUCUCCCCUGCAGAGGAGUUCCUCCAGGUUAGCUCCCGUCCCUGCAGCAGUGAUGAGUGAUGAGCUAAAGACAACCUGCGAUUCCCCUCAUUCAGCCAGGCUGGUGCUACCAGGUUAUCUCGAGUUCAUUAAUAGAGGGUAUGGAGGAGACAGGGCUCGUUUGCACACCACCAAUGGAUAGAAAGCUGGCGAGUUACUUAACUUCAGAGACUAACAAGGGGGAAAAUUCUAGCAUGGUGCUUCCGAAUAAACAGUGCUGAUCCUCGGCGGAUCAGCUGGACAAAGUUAUGUCUGUCCCACUGUACUAUCCUGGCUGUGGGGGAAAGUAUGGGGGCAAUGGUGAUGGCUCAGUGCCACCUCUGGUUUAUGUUGUCCCGGAUUCCUGAGAGGGACAGGCGGAUGUAUUUGGAUGAGACAGUUUAGUCAAAAAGGUUGUUUUGCUCGGCUAUGGAGUCCUUACAGGCCAGUUUCGAGGAGAAACAAAAGCAGGACGUAGCUCUAUGGGUCCUUUUCCAACUAAAAUUUGGAAAAUCACCUUUGCUGUGGCGGCUCUGCAGUUCCGAGGUGUGAAGGAAAGGGUGCAGGCCAAAGGCGGGUUGCCGCCUUGGUGCUUCUGUGCAGCGGCGGACGUCUUGGCACAGACGGCGUGCUGGUUUGAAGGAACACAGGGUGCAAGCAGAUUCUUCUGUAACGCUGGGGAAGAAGCAGACCUCUCAACCCUAGCUGGAGGCCGGGAGAGGGGGCGUGCUCUAGAGGGGGCGCGCUCUUUCCCAAGCAUUUACUGUGGCAACAGUGCUCCCAAGUGGUUUGGUCAAUAAGGGGUUCGGUCAAUACUGGUUGCCGAAGUCCCCGAAUCCGGUGUGGGCAUAAACACAGUUCCUUCCUCCCAUUCAGACACACGGUUGUCAAAAGUGGUGGAAAUGAAAAACAAGUAUACAUUUUUUUUAAAUAAAUUAACCUUAAUUAUCCUAGGAGAUAAUGUGGUGCUCCACACUGCCACGCUUGUUUCCCAUAUGGUGUUCAUAAUGAAUCACAAGAGAAGUUGUUGACUCCGGCUCAGCGCAUUCAGUUUCUGGCUGGGGCCCUCGGUGCCUUUUCGCUUGUGCCUGUGGUUAUUGGGUCUAAUGGCCUCUAUGGUGGCUGUGGUGCCUCUGGGACGUCUGUUGAUGCUUCUAUUUCAGCGCUCGGUGACUGCUAGUGUCUGAACACAUCUCGCCACUGCCAUUGGUUGCUUAGGGUUUCCCCGUCGUUGCUAUCAAUGAGGUGUUUCCUUCCGAUGUUUUAGGGCCAGCGUGUGUUGGUAAGGUCUGACAAAAGGGCGAUGGUGGCGUACAUCAACAGGCAGGGGGGGCGAGGUCUCUCUUUUGCCUAAACCUGGCACGUUAUCUCCUCGUUUGGAGCAGUGCGAAUUUCCUGCCGCUCAGGGCAAAGUAUCUUCCCGAAUCUCUCCACGUGGGUGCAGAUCUACUUUUCAGGGGUGGUCCUAUCUUUAAGGAGUGGAGACUGCACCCCUCAGUGAUCACCCAGAUAUGGGACCGGUUUGGCAGGGCCAACGUAAAGCUUUACACAUUGCGAGAAAACACGCAUUGUCGACUUCUUCUCAAUGAGAGAUCUGGGCACUUUGUUGUGAGCGGAUGCUUGGCAUAUCAGUGACCUCGGACCCUGCUCUAUGCGUUCCUCCGGUGGACCUGAUUCAGGCCACUGUGGAGAGGGUCCGUCAGGAAGGUCUGUUGUUGAUUCUGGUGGCUCCCCGUUGGCCCAGACAACCCUGAUUCCCGGAGAUCCUCUGCAUGUUAGGCAGGGACCCUGUUAAAGGAGUUUCUGAUGUUCUUGCAAGAGCUUUUUGAGCAGGGCCUUUCUUUUUCCAUAUUAAGUUUAUGUAGGGACCCGUGGAGGGGUUCCGUGUCGUCAGGAUCUAUUGUCUAUUGACACCCAAGGCCGUAGAUAUGGCUCUGCAGGUUUGGCCCCUGAAAGGUUGAAUUUGAUGACAAGGGGUUUAUCCUCAAACGUGAUUAUGACUAUACAGUUGGGCGUGUGCACCCUCUACGAGAGGGUUGUAUAUGAGUGGCACGUGUUUGAGGUUUGGUGUCAGGUUAAAGGAGUUUAUGAUGUUCUUGCAAGAGCUUUUUGAGUAGAGCCUUUCUUUUUCCAUAUUUAAGUGUAUAUGCCAGCCAUCUCAGCGUGUCAUGUAGGGAUUGACGGCUCUACCCAGGGGUCCUAUCCACUGGUGGUGCGGUUCCACAUUGAGUGAGCCUCCGUUGGAACAACUGGAGUCUGUAGACCUGAAGGUCCUUUUCUACAAGACCGCACUGCUAAUGGCCUUGGCGUCAGCCAAGCAUGUUGGGGAUAUCCACAUGCUAUUAGUACACCUCUGCGACUCCAAAGUGUCACAGCAGGUGCCCUGUUGUUUUGGACUUGCGGUUCCUUGUGUGAGUUCUGGCAUUCCAGACUCCUUGGGUCUCUGUGUGAGACUUUUUUAAACCGCGAGGGCAUAGCUGCAGGAAGUAGUGGUGCUAAGGUUGCUGCAGCACCCCCUGAAAAAUCUGAAUAGUAAGAUGUAUUUUUUUUUAUCUUCACAAAGACACACUGGGCCUUUACUAAUCCUGUAUUAGCUGACUGAUAUAGCAAUCUGUAGGGUCGACCAAAAAAUUAUAAUUAUGCAGCCCCCUCCCCCGUCGGUGACAGAAUAGCAGCACCCCCAAACAUGUUUCCUGCAGCUAAGCGCAAGUGUCUAUGGACUUGGGCCAAUGUUAGGCAGCGUUUUGUCCGGGUUACCACAGUUUCCCUGUGGGUUUGAGCCUUGGGCUGCCGUGGCAACGCGCGGGCUGCCUUGGUUCAUUGUGCGUGUGCGCUUUACCAAGUCACGACAGGUGUUCUGUUGUUUUGUACUUGCGGUUCCUUGUACAAGUUCUGACAUGUCAGGCUCACAAGGUAAGUAUUGUUCUUGGAACUGUGGAGUCUAUGGACUUGUGCUGCAGUGGCAGCGUGUCAGUGUGCAUUGCCAAGUUGCAGCAGGUUCUAGGUCCCUAUAUGGGCUUCUGACAGUUCAUAAUUCUUGGGUAAGUAUCAGAGAAAAAGGUGACUUCUGUAAACCCAUUUUGGAGCCGGUGGAACCUGUGUGUGUGCUUGGGCUGUUGUUUGGUACCCUCUGAGCCGGCUUGGAGCAUGAUUGAAAGUACCCAUAGUGUGUUAUACCGAGUGACCGACUGAAAGGGAAUGUACAGUUAUGAAUAUAACUACUGUUCCCUAAAGGAGGGAAUGAGGUAUAACAUAUUUUGACCCCACGCCAUCAGGGGGUUUGGGCUCGCUGAAGAGCAGUACUGAAUUUAGGAAAUGUAUGCGAGCCCUCAUAUUAUAGCCAGGGAGGCGGGGCUUCUGAGGGCGGGCUCUGCAUUAAUUGGCCCGUUGGGUUUGAUUUCAGUUUGCUUCAGGUGAACAGGAUUGGUUGAUCCCCUAUAAUAUUUUAUACCUUGUUCCCUCCUUCAGGGAACAGUAGUUAUCUUCAUAACUGUACGUUUUCUAGAUAGCAUCAGUAGAGUAGGAGAUUCCUCCUCGUUUCAGGCACAUUGUUCCUAUGUUUUUCUCCAGACCAGAACUAUUCAGUCUGCAGUCUCGACAAUCCAAACACAACUGUUUACUAUGGGUUUCAACGCUGUUACUGUAACUGUACGCCUGUCCACCUUGCCAAUAAAGAAGUCUUCAUGCUUUUGA